AUGGCGCACCGCGACGAUCCCAACCCCUUCGACGAAGAAGAAGUCAAUCCCUUCUCCAAGCGUGCAGGUCCUGGAUCAAAAUUGCAUUUCCCUUCACUGUCAUCUCUGCCUCUGGGUUUUGGCAAUAAACAUGAUGCUACUGUUGACAUGCCACUGGAGACAAUGAAUGAUAAAAAGAAGAAGGCAAAAGAACUUGCAACAUUGGAAGAGGAUCUAAGAAGGAGAGAAACGGACAUUAAACGCAGGGAGGAUGCUUUAUCACGUGGUGGUGUUUCUAUGGAGGAGAAGAACUGGCCUCCAUUUUUCCCAAUCAUUCAUCAUGACAUAGCUAAGGAAAUACCAACACAUGCUCAGAGGUUGCAAUAUCUGGCUUUUGCAAGCUGGCUGGGGAUAGUUCUUUGUCUUGUAUGGAAUGUCAUUGCAGUGAUUGUCUGUUGGAUUAGAGAUGGAGGUGUUAUAAUUUUUUUCCUUGCAAUCAUUUAUGCUUUACUUGGAUGCCCUCUUUCAUAUGUGCUCUGGUACAGGCCUCUUUAUCGUGCAAUGAGGACUGAUAGCGCAUUGAAGUUUGGCUGGUUUUUCCUUGUGUACCUGUUCCACAUUGGUUUCUGUAUCUUCGCUGCAAUUGCUCCUCCAAUUGCAUUUCAGGGAAAGUCAUUGACGGGUAUCUUGGCUGUGAUUGAUGCUUUGUCAGAUCAAGUGUUGGUGGGGAUCUUUUACUUGGUUGGAUUUGGCUUAUUUUGCUUGGAAACACUUGUAAGCCUGUGGGUACUUCAGAAAGUUUACAUUUAUUUCAGAAGGCAAAAAUGAAGAUGGUGCUGGGAGCAAACAUGAAAACCUUUGAUUCAUUGUCCUGAUGCUGGAGCUGUCUACACUUCAUGCUUGCUUAUACUCUCUCUCUCUCUCUCUCGUUCUCCAUUUUCGUUUUGCCAUUUUUCAGAAAAAAAAUUGUUGCUUGAUGAAGAGGGUGCCGAUGCUUGGGAAAGUAGAAAACAAUUCCAAUUCUCCUGUUAUUUUUCUGUGUCAAUAAGUUCUGCUUUGCUUUUUGCCAAAGUUUUCCAGAAGUCGCGGGUUGAACUUAAUGUCAUCAA